AUGGGACUCAAGGUUGAGUUUCCUCGGGGCAUCGUAAACUGCUCCUCCUUAACCGGUUCAGAUCUUUCAAACAACAAUCUUUUCGGAACCAUACCUUCAAAUAUCUCUAGCCUAAUCCCUUUCGUUACAUCAUUGGAUCUUUUGGGCAACAGUUUCAGUGGUGAAAUUCCAAAGGAUAUUGCAAAUAGUAGUUAUCUCCUUUUGCUUAAACUCGAUAACAAUCUGCUCAUUGGAAAAAUCCCACCUGAGCUUGGCCUACUGGAGUGUAUCAAGUCUUUUAGUGUCGCUAACACUGAGAGCUAUACAAAUAAUAAAGGACUUUGUGGGGGUCCUUUGAAGUGCUACAAGGCUCUUGAUGCUUACUAUCAUGCUUUCUACUUAAAUGGCUUCGUGGUUGGUUGUUUGGUUUCUACUGUUGUAGCUUUUGCUCUGAAUAUGUUUUAUUUGCCCAUUGAUCCAUUAUUAAAGAAGAUUGUCAGUAACAAGAAGAAGAAAAGAAACCAAAAGGUGGUUCAACGAAGACAAUGGCGCCCAACUGCAAUGAAUAGAGUUAAGGAUGCCAAGAUUUCUAAAUUGGAGAAGUUGGUUACUAGAAUAAGCUUCACAAAACUCGUGAAUGCCACUGACAAUUUUAGAGAAGACAACAUGAUCGGGUUGGGAAAGAUGGGGAUAAUGUACAAGCUAGUUUUCCCAAAUGGUUCGUUCCUUGCCAUCAAGAGGUUCUUUGAAUCACAAUUCUCCGAAGGACACUUUAUGUCCGAGGCAAAGUUCAUGAACUCGAAUGAUGCUGCUUUGGGUGGGAGUCCUAUCACGAAUGAGGAAUUGUUGGAGUUGGGUUUUGAUAAGAAGGAUGUAUAUAGCUUUGGAAUUGUGCUUCUUGAGCUGCUUACAAGGAAGGAACAUCCAUUGCUGAAACUUCUGCAAAUUCUGACAGCAAUUUGGUUGAAUGGAUCAUCAAUCUUGUAA